AUGACGGUGAACAAGAUGAGGCUUCCAUCCAGUCGGUUCCGGUUUGUGUCAUGGCAUCGCCUGGAGCAAUGUGAUGUCACAGGUGACCAGUUGACCUGCCCCAGGGUCAGAGAAGGGCCAUCAGAAGAGGAGCUGUUUCAAAGAGAGGGGGGUGACAUCUGUUUGGAGAGAGGGAGGAGGAGGGGAGAGGAGAGAGGACAGAGAUGGGAGGAGAGACUGCAAGAGAACUGGGAAAACUGUCUGGAGUUAAAUCUGUCCUACCAGGACUUGGGCGACCCCUUCCAGCAGAAGAAUUUCCUCCGGAUCCUCUGCCGGUUGAUCCGUGUGGAGAAACUACAACUGAUCGAAAACUCCCUCACAGACCUGAGUUCUGUGCGUCUGCCAAGGUGCAGAAUGCUAAACCUGCAGUGUAACCACCUGGUGUGUCUGCGUCAGUUGCCAAAGCUCCCAGCAGUGGAACAUCUUUGUCUGUCUGAGAACGCCAUCGGCUCUCUGGGGGGACUGGGAGCUCUGGGGAACAGCCCACUCCGCUCCCUCAACCUGACCCGCAACCCAGUGACCUUCACUCGGGACUACCGUGCACGUGUUUUCCUCUGUUUGCCAAAUCUAGAGGUCCUGGAUGGAAUCCCCAGGCUGCCAGAAGACUCUCUGCCCAACAGACUACACUUCCCAGAAACCACCAGGAUGUGCAACAUUUUAUGACAUUCCUCCAUGGAUGGAUGUGUAGCUACGUUAUCAGUUCUCCCGGUCCUACAACAAAGCGAUGACAUGGCUAAGGUGGCUACAUGCUUUGUUGCACUGAAGGUUUCAUAGGGCUGUUCAGAGUCAUUUACACACAUUGUGUCACAACUGUUGCCGAAAAACAAUUUUUAGACCACACAGUCACAGGAAAUGUAACGGUAAUGUGCUCCAAGGCCAUGCUAAAUGUUUUUUAUAUGUAGUACCAAUUAUAUAUCUAUUAUUAUUAUGAUAUGUUUGUAAGUCACAUUUUUAUAUAUCAUAUACACAUAUUUUGAUAAUAAAUAGAAACUACCAUAAA